CCCGCCCCUUUCAGGUCGUGCUGCAAUAACAGGGUCUGGCACAAGGAGGCGCAGAUCUCUCCAUUCUUCUCUUCUCUUCUCUUCUUGUCAUCCCGACACCGCAUUCCUUCUAGCUCUCACCUCUCCUCCGCCUCAGCUUCUCCUCCUGUCCUCCCUUCUCCGUUUUGUUCUUGUUUGGGGUUUGUUUUAUUUUCCCUUUAGGGUUACAGACACUAGUUGACGACGGUCGGCUUGAGUCGGGGUGUCGGAACGCGUCGGCAGGAGUGAAGAAGACGUGAUUGACCGGUUUAAAGACAUAACGGGACGCACAACACCUCCGUUGCUGAACCAAUUUCAAUCUCUGGUACCACUGGUCAAUGUGAAUGAGCGCACACACACACGCUGAAUCCCUACCGACUAAACAAGAACACUGAAAUACGUACAAAAAACCUCUCUGACACACAUUAAAGAGGCGCUGGCCGACAUAAAUGGCGGACAAACAGAUCAGUUUGCCUGCCAAGUUAAUAAAUGGGGGUAUCGCUGGCCUGAUUGGUGUCACCUGUGUGUUUCCCAUCGACUUGGCCAAGACCCGCUUACAGAACCAGCAGAAUGGCUCUCGCGUCUACACCAGCAUGUCCGAUUGCCUUAUCAAAACCAUUCGCUCAGAAGGAUACUUUGGGAUGUACAGAGGUGCUGCUGUGAACUUAACUCUUGUUACUCCGGAGAAAGCCAUAAAGCUGGCUGCCAAUGAUUUCUUUAGGCAACAUCUCUCCAAGGACGGGCAGAAGCUCACACUUAUUAGAGAAAUGCUGGCAGGCUGUGGUGCAGGCACAUGUCAGGUCAUUGUUACAACACCUAUGGAGAUGCUGAAAAUCCAGCUGCAGGAUGCAGGAAGAAUUGCUGCUCAGAGGAAGCUGAUGCCACAAGCCGUGUCUCCUGGUGGCUCCGUGGAGGUGAAGAGCCAGACUGCGAUGCAGCUCACACGACAGUUGCUGAGAGAAAAAGGCAUUGCUGGACUCUAUAAAGGGUUGGGAGCCACUCUACUCAGGGACGUUCCUUUCUCCAUCAUCUACUUUCCUCUAUUUGCUAAUCUGAAUAAUUUGGGGAAGAGGGGAAAGGACGGUCCUGCCCCCUUCUACGUCUCCUUCGUAUCGGGCUGUAUCGCCGGCAGUACGGCUGCUGUAGCAGUCAACCCUGUAGACGUGAUAAAAACCAGGCUGCAGUCGCUAACACGUGGCAGUCAGGAGGACACAUACAGCGGCGUGACUGACUGCAUCAGCAAGAUUCUGCGUAAAGAAGGUCCCUCUGCCUUCCUGAAAGGCGCGUACUGCCGCGCUCUCGUCAUCGCGCCGCUCUUCGGGAUCGCUCAGGUCGUCUACUUCCUGGGUGUCGGUGAAUUUAUCCUCAGCUUUUUACCCAAGCGGAACAAUUAAGCAAUCAGUUCUGCUUUCUGCCUUCCCAUCUACACUGCACCAGUUAAGACCUCUUCCCUACUGCCUCCGCCUCAACCGAACGUGUUGCCUGGAGGGGUUUUUAUUUGUUGUCUGUUCGUUUUGUAUCGUUGUGUUGAUUUUAUUGGAACGUACUGUAUGUUUCGUCCGGGAUGAAUGUGACAAUCAAAUGGUGAUGAGAAGAGAUUUUAUUUUGCCAAAUUCCCAAAUUCUGACGGGCGCCUGUGAGUCCUCAGCUGAAGCACGGGUCGUGAAAUACGGUUUAUGGAGAGUCUCAACUCAAAUUGGGAUUUUAUAAACUUAAACAGUGAUUUUAAUAACGUAUGGGGUGGGGGUGGGAGUGGGGGUGGGGGGGGCACUUUAAUGAAUUGCUUCCCAUUAUUGUGAUAUGAAUUCUCACAAGCCUGGAAUGUUUUAUUUGGCCUUGAAUGACCUUGAGACAUAAUUCAUUUGUGAAGGUUUUGUGUGUGUGUGUGUGUGUGUGUGUGUAUGAUGCGAUAGCCGUUUACAGUCUCAGACUGACUGCAGGUCUGAGUAAACACACACACACACACACACACACACACACACACACACACACACACACACACACACUGCUGCUGAGCUUUGAGUCUGAUGAGUGCAGAUGACUCAUAUCAGCUAGAGCCAUCUCACACUACAGCUUUUCCAUCUGUGCAGAGACGGUCCAUUAUGCGCUACGUCACGGAGAGCAGUUCUGUUUGAAUAACCCGAACGCGUGCUACGGCUUUGUCAUGAAGAGCUAUGAGUAGCAGUUUCCAGUUGGACUCGUUAGUCAGUAAUCCUACUCCGCUUACCAGCUCCCCGCUGGCUAGAGCGAGCCCUUGCACCGAGAACCGUCACAGAAAACUGAAUUAUUGUCAUUGACUUCGUACAUAUUCCGAGAGUAACCACAGCAACCACAUCAGGGCUGAUUAUAGUUAUUGAUAUUUUUGAGAAAAUUUGCUCAGGCGGUUUUCUUUUUCGCCUAGUAAUCCUUGCGCUAAAUUUAAAAAAAAAAAAAAAAAGAGGAGUAAAAAAAAAUUCCCCGAAAGCACAAACACUGCCUGUGUGUAAUCACAGAUCCUGCUUGGAUUGGCAGCAGACUUGCUCUCAUGAGCUGGUGUUUAAAGUCUUAUUACAGUAGCUGGCUGCUAGCGGGCUUUUGAGUAAAGGAGAACGGCAGUUAAAAGGCGUUGCGUGCUGAGCCGUCCCUUUUUAUAAAAGAGUACCAAUCUGUUCUUUGUAGUGUUAGUUAUUGUUAGCGUAAUUAGAGCACAUCGAACUGAAUCCCAUUUCACUUCUCCUACAGUACAGGCUUUUAACGCUGUAGCGUUAUCUUGAGUUCUUUUACCACACAAACCAGAUCCAAAGCAAUCACAUAAUUAUCCUUUAUGAGUAGAGAAUAUCUGGAGAUUCCUGGACCAACUGCCAUGCAGAAUACGCUGUCUUAAAAACCGACAAAAUGACUGAAGCGACUCUGGAUACAGCACGCUGCCAUUUUAGGAUGGUCUUUGUCUUUUUGAACCAGUGAAAGCUUGAUGAAGUUCGUUAACGUAGUAUUUUUUUCUUUCUCGUAUCUCAGCCCCCUCCUGCUAUGCAUUGCGUGCACACGGUGAGUUGUACUGGCUCUUAUUGGCUAGCGAGAGAUGAAGGUGACUUUGAAGAGUGAUAGCUAAUCAUAUGAUGUCUUUUCAAUGCUGUGUAGUGAAAGGGCAAAAGCACAUGCUGAGUGAUGUUUCAAAAAUAUUCUGUCUUAUCUGCUGGGAGCGAAAUCAUAUUUAUCGAGAUUCCUUACUAUAUAUAUAUAUAUAUAUAUAUACACAAUACACACACGUAUAUAUUAUUAUAUAUUAUAUAUUUGUAUUAGUUGUUUUAUUGUCUGUAUUAAGUGUUUAAUGAAUAUGUGCAGAUUAUAUUUUUGAUUUUGUUGUGUACAUGGUAGCUUAUUUUGCACACUUCCCUACCCCCUUCCUCAUGCUCUCUUUAAAAAAAAAUUUUUUUUUAACGGUAUUUGAAUCCAGGAGCGUUAGAUCUGAAAGGCCGCCCCAUGUGAAACUGGAACAGUUGGUGCAUUUCUCACUGUCCAGAUGAAGUACAGACUUUCCAAACAGAAAGAGUUCUGCUGUUGGCUAGAAUAAGUGCUGAUGAAAUCGGAACAGCGUUCGAAUGUUUGUGCAGCUGUUAGUCUGAGCUCUCGAGCUGUCUCACUAUAUAUGUGUGUAUAUCUAUCUCUCUCUCUCUCUCUCUCUAUAUAUAUAU